GAGUGGACUGACUCUCUACAAGUAAUCCGUACUCUGUACAUAGCCAGCCUAUUCCUUUCCUGCAUUCUACGGGGUACUCCGUACUCUGCUCCGUAUAUACUCCGUACAGGUACCUGUUCAGUAAGGCUCAGUAAUGAACAUCAUCCUGCCUGAAUACGAGGCAGAGCCGCAUUGCCCGGUGAUCGGCGCCGACAGCGCAUCCGCACGGACAGCCUCUGGUUGGCGCAGUUAAAUGCUACCAAUGCUAGUAUGGCGACGAGAGUUGGGGGCCGAAUGAGAAAGGCUCGUGCCCAACACCACUAGCCCAGACAUUGCCGGCUUGUGUUGGCGGCACGAUGGACCCUGAUUCGGUCGUUUCUUGUCUGCGUUCCGACAAGGCGUUCUCGUGCAUUUCUGGGCAAAUCCCACGGCCGGUGGAUGGGAAGAUCCUGGACUCGCUUGCCUCCCAAACCGACAUUCUCUCUUCCAUCCCCACCGGCAUCGACAUCCCCGACGUCCCCAGCUCCGUCGUCGAGGUCCUCGCUACCGCCGUCCCCAGCACCUGGCUUCAGAACAUCCUGACCAACUCCGCUGCCCAGACCUCUGUCCUCAACGAUCUCGAGAGCAGCAAGUACCCUGACUGGUGGUCCAGCGUCCCCACCGGUGUCCAGAGCUACCUCUGGGACCUCGACAGCAGCCUCAGUGUCUCUGCCACCCCCACCUCCGGCUCGACCGUCACCUCCACCGGUAGCAGCGCUACUGCCACCUCUACCUCGGACUCUGACGACGACGACGACAGCUCUGACGACUCCUCAUCGUCUUCGUCCUCGUCGAGCUCUGGCGCUGCUGCCAGCGACACCUCGGAGGGUGCUGCUCCCGCUCAGACCGGCAUGGCUGCCACCGUUGCUGGUGCCGCUGGUAUCUUUGGUCUCGCCCUUGCUCUGUAAGGGUGUUAAGGGAGGUGUCUUCUUCGUCUGUUAAUAAUCAAGCAUUCGGGUCGAAAUGAUCAGAUUGCAUCGCAUGCUGUGACUUUGGAGUUUUCUUUGGCUUUCUGUACAGGUUUUAGUAAAUGAUACCUCG